CAGUGUCAUGUGCCGUUACAUUUCAUGUUCAUAUUUUUAUUUUACCUUUUAUUAAACAUGAAGUUAACAUUUAGCACAGUUGUCGUACAAAACUCGGGUUUGUACACAAUUAGGAAGGAUGACAUAGGAAUGAUCUUUUUUUUAACAGCAGAAAACACUUUUGAUUUCAAAAUGCCUGUGUCGAUAUAUAACGUGGAAUGUGUCGAAGGAGAUCCGUAUUUGGAAACAUCAGACUAUAUGUAUUUACUUGGAGGCGAUAUGGGAUAUAUAGAUAGUAAAAGCGUAAAAAACCUUACACUUAUUUAUCCAAAUUUGUACUUACGAAAUAGAGUUGGAAAAUGUCUCGUAUCCUUGCACUUUCAAACUGACGAUAACGUCGAAGAAGUUAGAAAAGAAAUAUUUUUUGAUUCAAAUAAGGUAUAUGAGGAUGACGAAGGUGAUUCAUCACACACGUGCAGUUCACAAGAUCUCAGUAACUCUGAAGGCUGUUGUCCGAUUGAUUGCGUUGUUAAAUAUUCGUCAAGAAGAAGUUACCUCAAUAAAGACCUUAAAAUGUGCCAGCCAGUUCCAGAAUGCCCUCCAAACGCUGUAUAUUUGCCGAGAAGUAAUGUUUGCAGAAAACUUCACGAACCAGUUUGCAAAUCUGACUUAGAAAUGAUAGAAGGUGGAUACGUCGAAAAAUGUCACAGUGUUUCUAAUUUGGUAAAUUUUCAAUGCCACCACGGUAGUCUCGAUAAUAUUACAAGAGAAUGUACGUGUGAUGAAGGAUGGACUACUUCAGCCUGUUCAGAAGGCGCCUAUCAUCCUACCUUAAAUACCUUCCAUAUGUGCAAUAUCGAACUUAAUACGUGGGAAAGGGCUAAUAGAGAAAAGUUAAUCAUGACAAUAUUAGCUUUAGUAAUUUUAGCGAUAGCUAUCGCAGCCAAGAUGCUUAUAGCAGUGUGUCUCCUAAACUGGUGUUGUCAUUUUAUUCGCGGAAGAAGAAAACAUGAAUCCGAAGACGAUUUUUGUGAAUCUUACUCAUGCCCAGCGUUCAACAAUUACUGCGGUGACGAAGUAUGCUAUGCAGCAAACGCCUUAGGGCAAAACAGAUCAUCAAGAAGUAUCAAAGUUUCCUUUUCCAAUAUUGACACCGUUAGCUCAGCUGGGGAAACGGACGUUACCGUAAGUGUGGACGACAAAACAGAAUCAGGAUCCACAACAGAUCUACCAGAUCGAGCUUCCCUCCAUAUUUGCCACUGCAAUAAUUGAUCAAUAUGCGGGGUUAAUAAUGUAAUCUUAUUUUAAAGAGAUAACAUUUAAUAAUAAUUUUACAAUCGAUAUAUUAAAA